UACCCACAUGCAAACCGUAUCCCUAAAGAACUCAGAAAACACAAAUGGUGUGGAACUCAGUCGUUGAAGCAGCAGAGUUGCAUGGUCCUGCUCUGCUCCUACUCCUCCUAUAAUAUAAGAUAAGACAGACAUUGAAUGAAACAGACACAUCUCCCUCUCCUUGUCCUCAUCGUCCUCACCCCUUUCAUAAUCAACCACCUGAAAGUCAUGGCCACCUCCUUACUUCUGAAUCUAAAUCUGAUCAUGGCUGCAAUAAUAAUACUCUGCAAUAUUUCGUCAGUUUCUUCUACAAAUACAAAUACUUCUCUUCCUCCACCUAUAAGCCCUAGGAAUCAAAACGAAGAGAUUUGUGCUGCCAUAGGAGAGAUGCGAAGCAGCAACUACUUCACCUUUGUAAUGCUGAUGAACAUGGUAGGCCCCUUUGAUGAGAGACUAGAAAAGAACGUCACUUUCUUGAUGCCCGACGAUCAGAUGCUAUCAGAGGUGGUGUUGCCAGUGGCAGUGGCACAUGAGGAGGGGGACGCUGUUAUGGAUUUCUUGCUUCGUCAUUCGAUCCCUUCACCAUUGCUUUUCGAGUAUUUGGAACAUAUCCCAACAGGUUCAACAAUUCCCAGUUCAAAGCCAGGCUACAUACUCACAGUCUCCAACAAUGCCAGCAACAAUGCAGGGAGGUAUUUCUAUCUCAACAAUGUCAAAAUUGUUAAACCAAAUGUAUGUGCUGCAUCGGCCUCUUCUAUUCGAUGCCAUGGCAUAGAUGGGGUUCUAGCACCACUAGCACCUCCUCCUCCUCCUUUACCACCACCUGAUCAAGAUGAUGAUUCUUGUUCUGAUAAAGCUCCUCCAGCCUCCUCAUCAUCCGUUGAUGAUAAUCCAAAUACACCAGCUGCAGUGCCUGCCUCGCCCCAAACUGACCCCGCAAAUUUAAAACCAUCAGCUGCUGCCUCUUCUCUGUUUCUUUCGUCUCAUGAACAAGGUCAUUGUUUGAGGAUGUCAUUGACCAGCUGUGCUAUAUUGCUGUCCAUUUUCAUCUCUAUGAUCUAGCCCAAGUGUACUUCUUUGCUAUAAAAUUUGAAGA